ACGUGAUCGAGGGAGGUUGUGUCGCGCCAUUCUCCGGGUGAUUCACUCUCACACGAGAUCUUGCGUUGUGCUAAUCCUCUCCCCUUCCUGACACGAUGCCUGCGAACGUGGAAGCUAGCAGUACUCUGGUGUUCUUCGUGAACGGGAAGAAGAUUGAAGAUCCUGACGUAGAUCCAGAAGUGACGCUCCUGACUUAUCUGCGCAACAAAUUGCGUCUUUGUGGAACCAAACUCGGCUGCGGGGAAGGAGGAUGUGGAGCCUGCACGGUUAUGCUGUCCAGAUACGACCGGCAGCGAGGAAGAGCAGUCCACUACUCGGUCAACGCGUGCCUGGCCCCCGUGGCGGCGGUGCACGGGCUGGCGGUGACGACGGUGGAGGGCAUCGGGUCGACGCAGACGCGCCUCCACGCGGUGCAGGAGCGGAUCGCCCGCGCCCACGGCUCCCAGUGCGGCUUCUGCACGCCCGGCAUCGUCAUGUCCAUGUACACGCUGCUCAGGAACCACCCGAAGCCGACCAUGGAACAGCUCGACGAGUACUUCACAGGGAACCUCUGUCGGUGCACAGGAUAUCGACCUAUCUUAGAGGGAUUCAGAGGCCUCACCACCGACGCUUCUGCAGGAGGCGGAUGCGGCAGGAAAGACUGCUGCAAACUGAAGGCAAAAGAUGUCUCCGAGAUGAACGGCCGCCUCGACGAUACGGGACCCAAGGUGCAGAACGGAGAGAUCGAAGGGCAGUUUGGGGAAGUGAGUGACGUCACGCACGUUCUCUACGACGCAGAGGAAUUUCGACCUUACGAUCCUACCCAGGAGCUUAUUUUCCCCCCUGAGCUGAAGGUGCAAACCGAGUGGGAGAACCAGUACGUUGAAUUUCGCGGGCCUCGUGUGACCUACCACAGGCCUAACUCUCUCUCGCAACUCCUGAAGCUGAAGACUGAUCACCCUCAAGCACGGAUUAUUGUCGGCAAUACUGAAGUCGGUGUCGAAGUGAAAUUCAAGAACCAGAUUUACCCGGUGCUCAUCAACCCAACCAACAUCCCAGAACUGACAGCCGUGACAGUGACAGAGACAGGAGUGACAUUCGGUUCGUCGGUCACUCUCACUACGAUCGAAGACACACUGAGACAGCAGGUCAACAAGCUACCAGAGUAUCGAACUCGAGUCUUCACCGCCAUCUUGGAAAUGCUCCGCUGGUUCGCCGGGAAGCAGAUCAGGAACGCAGCGGCUAUAGGAGGUAACAUCAUGACGUCAUCACCAAUCAGUGACCUCAACCCCCUCCUGAUGGCUGCGGGGGCGGUCCUCACAGUGAGAAGCGCCGAAGGCGGGAUGCGAGAAGUCGUGAUGAACGAGCACUUCUUCACGGGAUACAGAAGGAAUGUGGUUCGACCUGAAGAAAUCCUUGAGGCUGUUCAUAUUCCUUACACUCGCGAGAACGAGUACUUCCUGGGCUACAAGCAGGCCCGGCGGCGCGACGACGACAUCGCCAUCGUGAACGCGGGGAUGCGGGUCGCCUUCCGGAAGGACUCGCUCGCCGUCGAGCAGCUCCGCCUGGCCUUCGGCGGGAUGGCGCCCACCACGGUCAUGGCGCUCACGACCAUGGAGAAUCUGCAAGGACGCGAGUGGGAUUCCUCUCUCCUGGAGGCGGCGACCACCUAUCUCCUGAAGGACCUCCCGCUCGAUGCUUCUGCUCCGGGGGGCAUGGUGGAGUAUCGCCGGGCGCUCGCUAUAAGUUUCUUCUUCAAGUUUUACCUGAGUGUUCGCGGACGGCUCAGUGAGAAGUUUCCCUCGCUGGUGGAGCCUCUGACAGAAGACGAGCGGAGGGCGACCUUAGUGCAUCAACACACGAGUCCCAAGAGCACACAACUCUUCCAGACGGUCUCGCCAGGUCAGGAUAGGUUCGACCCCAUAGGCAGGCCGAUGAUUCACGCCGCUGCCCUCAAGCAAGCCGCCGGGGAGGCCGUGUACGUGGACGACAUGCCGCACUUCCAGAACGAACUGUACGCGGCGGUGGUCCUCUCAACCAAAGCCCACGCCAGGAUCCUCAGCAUUGACGAGUCGGAAGCUCUCAAGGUCGAGGGCGUUGUGAGGUUCUUCUGCGCGAGGGACAUCCCAGAGGAGAGAAACAAGACAGGUUGUAUUUUACCGGACGAGGAGAUUUUUGCAUCAGAGAAAGUUACCUGCGUGGGUCAGGUGAUAGGGCUGGUUGUGGGGCAGGACCAGGCCACGGCGCAGAGAGCAGCAAAACUGGUGAAGGUCGAGUACCAAGACUUGUCACCGAAAAUAGUAACGAUCCAGGACGCCAUCCGAGAGAAGUCGUGGUGGGGCCCUUGGACCAUCAAGAAGGGUGACGUCGAGGCAGCCCUCGAGUCGUCCCCCAACGUCCUCGAGGGCGAGCUGCACAUGGGCGGCCAGGAGCACUUCUACCUCGAGACCAACGCCCACCUCGCCGUCCCCAAGCUCGAGGACGGGGAGAUGGAGCUGUUCACGUCCUGCCAGAACCCGACGAGGACGCAGGAGCAGGUGGCGGUGGCGCUGGGCGUGCCCUUCAACCGCGUGGUGUGCCGCGUCAAGAGGAUGGGCGGGGGCUUCGGCGGGAAGGAGUCCAGGACGACUGUGGCUUCCCUGCCCGUCUGCGUGGCGGCGGCAGCCCUCCAGCGCCCCGUCCGCUUGAUGCUGGACCGAGACGAGGACAUGCUCAUGACCGGCAACCGACACCCGUUCCUGGGUCGCUGGAAGGUCGGAUUCACGAACGAGGGCAUCUUCACGGCCAUGGAGAUGGACUUGUACGCGAACGCCGGCAACUCGUACGAUCUCUCCGGUUCGGUCGUGCACAGAGCGAUGUUCAGUAUGGAUAAUGCUUACAAAUGUGAGAACAGACGCGUGACGGGUUAUGCCUGUAAAACCAACCUUUCGUCCAACACGGCUUUUCGAGGCUUCGGUGGCCCUCAGGGAAUGUUCUUCGCUGAGGACAUCGUUUCGAGAGUGGCCCAUCAUCUUCGGGUGGAUCCUUAUCAGGUGCGAGCAAAGAACCUUUACAAUACCGGGGACUUGACUCACUUCGACCAGCUGCUGGAGAAGUGCACCGUCAGGAGAUGCUGGGAGGAGGUCAUCCAUCAGGCCGAAUACCAUAAGCGGAAGGAGGCGGUGGACUUGUUUAACGCUAACAACAAGUACAGAAAGCGUGGCAUAGCCGUCCUCCCCACCAAAUUCGGCAUCGCAUACACCGCCGUGUUCCUCAACCAGGCCGGGGCUCUCGUCCACGUGUACACUGACGGCUCUGUCCUCCUGUCUCACGGCGGCACCGAGAUGGGCCAAGGACUUCACACCAAGAUGAUUCAGGUGGCCGCCAGGACUCUCAAGAUCCCAGCCUCCAGGAUCUUCAUCGCCGAGACGAGCACAGACAAGGUCCCCAACACCUCUCCCACGGCCGCGUCAGCCUCGUCAGAUCUCAACGGAAUGGCGGUUUUGAACGCAUGCAACACGAUCAUGCAACGGCUGGAACCCUACAUUGCCAGCAGCCCCAAAGGAAGCUGGAACGACUGGAUCAAAGCGGCGUACUUCGACCGGGUCUCUCUCUCGGCCACGGGAUUCUAUAAAACCCCCGAUAUCACCGGCUAUGACUUCGAGAAAGGGGAAGGACGACCAUUCAAUUACUUCAGCUACGGCGCGUCUGUCUCUGAGGUCGAGAUAGACUGCCUCACGGGAGAUCACUCGGUCCUCCGCACGGACAUCGUGAUGGACGUCGGCGACUCGCUCAACCCCGCCAUCGACAUCGGGCAGGUGGAGGGUGCUUUCAUGCAGGGUCUCGGACUCUAUACCUUAGAAGAGCUCCGGUUCUCUCCCGACGGCGUGCUGCUCACCCGCGGCCCCGGCGCUUACAAGAUUCCAGGUUUCCAAGAUAUUCCACGAGAGUUCAACGUGUCCCUUCUUCGCGGGGCGCCCAACCCAAGAGCGGUUUUCUCGUCCAAGGCCGUCGGAGAACCACCUCUGUUCCUCGCUGCCUCGGUGCUGUUCGCCCUCAAGGAAGCCGUGGCAUCCGCUCGAGCCGACCAAGGCCUCGACCCCGUGUUUCGUUUCGACUCCCCGGCCACGGCAGAGAAGAUCCGAAUGGCCUGCCAGGACUUCCUCACGCAGAAGAUUGAGUCCGCGGCCCCGGGUACGUUCAAGCCAUGGUCGGUGACGGUGUAGGAGCGACUGCCCCCCCCCCCCCCCCCCCGCGCUUGUAAAUGCUCAACAUUUUUACAAUUAUCAGGAAGAGAAUAGGAGAAAAAAAUGUGAUAUUUUUUUACACUUUACAAGAAAUGUUGUUACGAAUGAAUAUGAAAUUGUCUUGUUCAUCAUCGGUGUUCGUUUUAAGUGGAUGCGUUCGGUUCGUUGAAGGAACGUAGUCUUAUAGAGUAAAUAUCACGAUGAUUUUUAUUUCUUUAACUUUUUUUUCUCCCUCCUUUCCUCUUCCUCCAUCCCCUCGCCUCCAUAACCUCCGCAGUUUCACUUAUCCUCAAGGUUUUCCUUUUUUUUCCUCUUUACUUUUCCUCUUUUUCUUUUAUUCCUCUUCCUUUUUUGUCACCAUAUCUCUGUCUUGCUGCACCCCUCUUCAUUCUUCUCCCUUUUCUUUUAUUCUCCUCUUUUUCCUUUUUUUCUUUAACUUGUUUUUCCCGCAUCUGUCACAGUCCAGUAAUUUUCCUUAUCCUUUCUCUUUUCUCCCUUUCCUUUUCCUCCUUCCCCCUCGCUCUUUUAUUUUUCUUUCCAUUUUUCUUCCUCUUCGUCUUCUUCUUCUACUUCUCUUCCACUUACUCUCUGUCUUUCUCUUUUCAUUUCAUUUUUAUUUUCUAUUAUCCUUGGCAUUUUGAAUUAACACGUAAGAAUAUACUAUGUAGUAAAUUGUCACGAUAAAUUUAAUGCAUUGUACAAAAAAUAUUCACAAUUAUCUCAUAUCAAAUACAUAUAUACAUAUACAUAUAUAUAUUGUUAUACUAUUGUCUGAUCUUUGUCAGUUAAUAACUUCAUCUUUCUAUAUCAUCUCUCUUUUUUUCUUGUUUUUUUUUUCUUUUCUUUUCUUUCUCUUCAAUUUGUUUCGUCUUCUUCUUACUCUCCUUUUCCUUUUCACUUUUCUUCUCUGUCAUCCUUCUUUUCAUCUCUUUAUACGGUCAUCCAAACUUCCGUCCCUGUGUCACUCAAUGUGUGUUUUGAUUAAAAAAAAACUUUAUAUUGGCUAAAUAUUAGUUAAAUAUCAUGGACUAUAAAGUGUUUUUAUUAACUCUUUAUCUAUGAAUUUAAAUCCUCCAUUAGGAUUCCUAAAUAGGAUUUUUUUUUUUACUCAUGAUUAUUGUUGUUGUUAACAUUACUAUAUUUAUUGUCGUAUAAAAUAAUUAGCAUAUUGGGAUCUUUUAAGAAUAAGGAAAUCAGAAUAAAUAUAUUAUUUUUAGGAAUGAAAAAAAAACCGAGGUUACUAACUAACGUUUAAGAUGAAUGCAUGUAUUUUGUCUGUCUUUUUGUGCCCAGUUGAACACUCAAUUUUACUAAGGUAGUUCAACGGCAACUAUUUUACGAAUGUUUAUAAACUUUCUCAUAAGAGAAGUUUGUAGCUACCUAAUUUUAUAAAUAUAUUUUGUAUGUCUAUUUUGGUAAUAUUUGUACCAUCUUUGACUUUUUAUUGUGCCUUCUUCCAUGGUCAAAUGUGUAUGCAGGUUUGCGUCCACACGGUAAUUAAUGUGGGUAUGAAUAAAGGUAAAGAUUAA